AGUAUAAUUUAGCAUAUAUAAAGAAUAUCCCGUUGUACCGGCAGUCGGUAAAUUUCGUGUAAAAAAAUACAAACAGUAUUGCUCGAGCAUUGUGUUGGUUAUACAGCAUAAAUUGGUAUUAAAAUUUGUGAGCGCUUAAAAUAUAUUUCUAUAGUCAAUUCGGAAGUAGUUUAAAAUACUCGUGGAACAAUAUUAUCAUAAACAAUUAAUUUUACUGGUUACUGCAGUUGUUAAUGAUUUGCGAAAUAAUUUGCUAAUAUAAUUCCUCUUUUUUUUCGGCCACUACGUACAAUUUUACACAAAACACAGAAACCCUGAUUGUCAAAUCUUCCAUUUUGAUAUUUACGCUAUUCAUUUUUAGAUCAAACACCACGAACUGUAAAGUUAAGCGCACUUUAAAAAACUUCUUUUAUAUAUAACUGUUUAAACUGUGAUUGCGGUAAAUCUUCAAGGUUGAAGUAAAGAAUUUUAGAUUUAAAAAAACUUAAAACAGUUCGCAACAAUUUUAAAACAAAGUAUGACCAAAGAUCAUCAAAUGGUUGCGACAGGAGACGACAUGAGAUGGAAAUCAAAAUUGAAGAUUCCUCCAAAAGACACACGCUUUAAAACGAGUGAUGUCACCGACACUCGGGGAAACGAAUUUGAAGAAUUUUGCUUAAAAAGAGAACUGCUGAUGGGCAUUUUUGAGAAAGGCUGGGAACGUCCAUCACCGAUUCAAGAAGCAGCGAUUCCUAUAGCGCUAAGCGGUAAGGAUGUAUUAGCUCGAGCGAAAAAUGGAACGGGCAAAACUGGUGCAUAUUGCAUCCCCGUUCUAGAACAAAUAGACCCUACAAAAGAUUAUAUACAAGCAUUAGUAAUGGUGCCAACAAGAGAACUUGCCUUACAAACUUCACAGAUCUGCAUAGAACUCGCAAAACAUUUGGACAUAAGAGUAAUGGUGACAACUGGUGGUACAAUAUUGAAGGAUGACAUCUUACGUAUAUACCAAAAAGUACAAUUGAUCAUUGCAACGCCUGGCCGCAUACUGGAUUUGAUGGAUAAAAAAGUGGCCAAUAUGUCGCAUUGUAAAGUGCUUGUUUUAGAUGAAGCCGACAAACUUUUAUCACAGGAUUUCCAAGGCAUGCUGGAUCAUGUUAUUUUAAAAUUGCCGAAGAAUCCGCAAAUUCUACUAUUUUCCGCAACAUUUCCUUUGACUGUUAAAAAUUUUAUGGAAAAACAUUUGCGCGAACCUUACGAAAUAAAUUUAAUGGAAGAGCUGACUCUUAAAGGCGUAACGCAAUACUAUGCUUUUGUGCAAGAACGCCAGAAAGUACAUUGCCUUAAUACAUUAUUUUCAAAAUUACAAAUAAAUCAAUCGAUAAUAUUCUGUAACUCGACGCAACGCGUGGAACUGCUUGCUAAAAAAAUAACGGAACUCGGAUACUGUUGUUAUUAUAUACAUGCUAAAAUGGCGCAAGCUCACAGGAAUCGAGUAUUUCAUGAUUUUCGACAGGGUUUAUGCAGAAAUCUUGUGUGUUCGGACUUAUUUACGCGAGGUAUUGAUGUACAAGCCGUUAAUGUUGUUAUCAAUUUUGAUUUUCCACGUAUGGCUGAAACGUAUUUACAUCGUAUAGGUCGUUCAGGAAGAUUCGGCCAUUUAGGUAUUGCCAUCAAUUUGAUAACCUACGACGACAGGUUCGAUCUGCAUAGAAUUGAGAAAGAACUGGGCACCGAAAUUAAACCUAUACCGAAAAUUAUUGAUCCAGCAUUAUACGUAGCUAACAUUGGCCUUAACUCUACGGAACCCGGUACCAACAAUGAACUUAAUAACUCAGCGAACGAGGAGGGCAAUGUUAGCAAGUAAAAAAUGGCUUACUAAUAAAAAGUAUUCGC